AUCUAAGUGAGUUGGCCCAGGACUGAUUCACCUUGUUUGCGCCAAUUUCCUAGCAUGUACAAAUGAUCGACGUCUUCUUAUUCAAUGAGACCCUUCUCACCAUCACAAAUCAUUGACAUACUUUGAGACUCCUCUCCCAAAGAACCGUCGGCGGUGUCAACUGAGCCCUACCGCUAUUCGUCGCGACAACUCCAGGCACUGCUUGCUCCUCAAUCGACAUCUCAACAAGGAAAUAUUUCCUAUAAAAUGGCUCGACCUCGCCGCCUCCCAAGAUUCUAUGGGGCCCAUCCAACUGGGCGACAAACACAAUCUCCCAAGGUUGUCGUACCGAGGAACCGCCCUCGAGCAAGUCCGCCAUUAGCGUACCACCAACAUCGCCAAUGGUCACGAGAUGGUGAAAGUUCCGGCUGGAGAGAUUCGUCAUUCAAGCUACUCGAGGCUAGCGUAACCGCCUUUGGCUCGGUCGUUAUCCUCGGACUGGCUGGGUAUUCGUAUCAUGUGUAUUACAAGUCUCUUGUUCUCGCAAAGAUGGAGGGCGCUUUUGCUGUCGGAUAUUCAUCCCUCGAAAAGGCCGCGCUCAGCCGCCACGACGUCAACAGCGAGCAUGUUGACGAAGAGUGGAUCCCCAGAGAAGAGCAAGCUAAAAUUGAUGAGAUCAUCGACGGCACUUGUCAGGGCCAUUACUGGCUCCUCACCGGAGAGAAGGGAACUGGAAAGACGUCGAUGUUACUUCACUCAAUAAAGAAGAUCCAUGGCGAAGGGAUUGCCAUGUUGGAGGUGCAUGGUGACCUUGAAAUCUUUCGACUACGCCUUGGCAAAGCGCUCGAUUACGAGUUCCACGAAGACUACAUCGGUAGCCUUUUCAGCUUCAAAGGCCCCCGAGACACAACGCCGCUCUUGGACAUUGAACGAGCAUUCAAUCAGAUGGAGAAGAUUGCACUGAAACGAAAGAAGAAGUUGGGAAGGCCCCUAGUUUUGUUACUAAACGGUGUUCAUCUCCUACGCGACAACGAGGACGGCCGGAACUUGCUGGAAUUGGUGCAACAACGCGCCGAGCUAUGGGCUGCAAGCAAGCUUGUGACAGUCGUCCUCAACAGCAACGAUUAUUGGAUCACAGAGCGUCUCACGCACGAAGCCACGCGUCUCCGUGUGAUGCCAGUUCAUGAUCUUUCCAAACAUGAUGCGAUCGCGUGCAUGAAGAAGGUCCGAGAAAGGCUUUUCUUCGAAGAUGUGUCCACGAGCAUUCUAGAGCAUGUAUACAGCAGGAUCGGUGGUCGGCUCAGGUUCCUCAACCAGGUCGCGAACUCGCCGGACAUGGUCGAAGCAUGCGACACAAUCUGCGAGCAGGAAAAACGUUGGUUCCUCAACCAGUGCUGGAUCUUGGGCGAGGAAAUGGACCCGGCUGGAGAGGAGCAGCAGGAUACUUGCACAGGCGCCAUGAUACUUGCCAGAGAGUUGGUGAGAAAGCAGCAGGCCAUGCAGACAGACGGCAUUACGAGCAACGGAUUGCCGCAAAUUCCGCUUCACGAAGCGAGACAGAUUAUGACCAAAUACGAUUGGAUCCAGCGCCACGACCACUUCAACAUCUUUGCGAUUGACUCCAACUCAAUGGUCCAGGCAGGUUCAGUCGCAAUGCAGAACGCAUUCAAGGAUGUAUGCAACCAAGAAGGCUUUGAUGCUUACCUCCAGGAAACUCUUGACCGACUCGACCAGCUUGAGAGCCUAGGGAGAACCCGAGAAAUCACCUUUAAAGACUUCCAGAACGAGGGCGAGUAUCGGGCCGUUAUUGAGGGCGGGAAGAAAGAUUCCAUGGCUGUCAUUGUCUCACUAAAAGCUGUACCGAAAAAAGGGGAUGAUUAGAGUAUACUUAAAAUAGCAGUAAUAUUCCUC